UAUAAAGAGCAUCAACGUGUGGCGAACUUCAUUGCUUCCCCUUCUUACUUAACUGGUAGCUCUUUCUCUUCUGGUUUUGGUUGGGUUGGUUUGGUAUAACAAUGGAAGGUAUCUCAGGGGGGUUGAAGAAGUAUUGGAGGAGAAGCAUAUGGGGAUACCAAAGACUGCAUGGGUUGGAAGGGCGUAAGAGAGAAACGGUUCAGCUUGGAGAGAACCGAAGAAGAAGGAGAUGGCGCAUAAAGAUCAAUCCCAAGAUGAAAAUCCGCAAAAUCUCUUCCCCGAAGAAGUUGGUGCUGUGGGUCAGAGACGCCUACAUGAGGAUGAUGCUGGGUCUCGCUAGCUCCACCGCUGCCUCUGCCGUCGGCUACGGCGCCGACUCCACCUCCACCAGAGGUGGCUUCGAGAGGGGCCCACCGCCGAAGGAGUACGACCAGAAGAUGAUCGUUCAUAUGUACAAGUCCUUGAUUAUGGCACAGGGACAGUUGCUACCCCGAGAUCCAACACCCAACCAUGUCACCACAAUGAAAUCAAUGAUUCCCUUCUUUUACGGAAAACAUUUUCCGGGAUGGUUUGCUGGGAUGGGAGUUGAAAUUUGAUGAGGGUGCAUGAAGCUUUAGCCAUUAACAUUUGGUGUCUUGACCCAAACGAGGAUCUACGGGGGAAUGUGCGGCCCAGGCCCAGGCCCAAUAAACAGUAAUGGUUUGAAAAGAAAAAAAAUGGCGACUUAGAAAUCAUCCGAUGCAGGUUGAUACCCAUGUCAGUCCAUGAAACAUGACAAUAUAAUUUUAAAUAUGUUAUU